UUGUCAAUUUUAUUAUGCGGUGAUCGGUGAUAAUGACGACUUUUCUCGAUUUAAAGUAAAUAAUGUUUUAUUUUCGUAAAGAACGCCGUAAGCAAAAUCAUUUCUGAAUAUAAAAGUAACUGAAGGAUACCAUAUUAUCUACCUCAUUUCUCAAUUGACUGAAUAUUUAUCGGUAGAGUUUUGGUAGAGGUUAUAUUUUAGUUUCUGGAAGUAGUUGAAGAGUGUAUUUACACGAUAUGUUUUGUUGGGGCAAUUCCACGCACCACGAAUUGUGUAUAGAAACAUCUCAGAACACAGAUUUGGUAUUAAAACCAACUUUCUCAAAAUGGUCAGAAAGUAACCACGUGCAAACAGUGACGGCAGGUGAAUUCCAUGCCCUUUACCUCACCAGCAAUGGCCAUUUAUAUUCAUGUGGAAAUAAUGAUGUUGGACAACUCGGCAGGCAUACUAGCUCUCCUGAUGGAUCCUAUCCCGCUCUAGUAGAAGCAUUCAAAGGCUGCACAAUAUCAGCAAUAUCAUGCGGCAUGCAGCACUCGAUGGCCCUGGACGAAUGGGGACAGCCAUUCAGCUGGGGCUCUGACAUAUUAGGACAACUUGGGAGUAACCUAGGCUCACAUGCCCAGGAUAAACCUAAGAUAGUGAAGUCUUUGGCUACGAGAAAUGUUAUACAGAUUGCGUGCGGAUCUUAUCAUUCUUUAGCUUUGACAAAUAAUGGUGACUUAUAUGCGUGGGGUGCUAACACAUACGGCCAAUGCGGCCUAGGAACUGUGACGAAUAAAGAGCUAACGCCUCAACACAUCGCGUCGUUGCAAGGCGUACCCAUCGCCAUGAUUGCUUGUGGUAGCAAUCACACUUUCGCGUUGACCAAAUCAGGAGCAGUGUACGGAUGGGGGAAAAACUCACACGGUCAGCUAGGUCUACAGGACAGAGACAACAGAUGUUACCCGACACACUUGAAAGUAUUACGGAAUUCUAAAGUAUGUCACAUAGCGUGCGGGGAAGAUUUUACGGUGUUUUUAACGUUAGAAGGCGGCGUGUUUACAUGUGGCACUGGAGAAUACGGUCAGACGGGGCACGGAGCUACUAAAAACGAACUAGUGCCUAGAAAGGUCAUGGAACUCAUGGGUAGCACAGUGACUCAGAUCGCAUGUGGGCGGCGGCACUUACUGUGCCGCGUCGGAGAGCGCAUCCUCGCCUGUGGCUACGGAGCUCGCGGUCAGCUCGGCUGUCCUAACUUGUCUCUCGCGCUGUUGCCCACGCCCGUGCCCUUCACACCUGGUGAUUCACCGUUCUCGCAAGACCUGUUCAGAGGUCCAAUGAAAGUGUACGCCGGCGGUGACCACAGCUUCCUAGUGGUGAACGGUGACAAGUCGCUGGACACGGACUUUAGGGUUCCGGACCAUAAUAAGCAGGUGCUGACGUUGAAUUUGCCGAAGUUGGCCGCUUGUGAGAUGUUUAAGGAUGAAGAUGUAGUUAAUCAAGAAUUGAUGGCGUACUUAGAAACGGUGUUCGGCGCAGCGGCCUGUAUCAACGGCUCGUUCCUGCUAGCCGAUAAUAACCACUAUGGCUGUAAUAAGAAGGUCCACGGAGUAGAUCUAAAGAAAGCGGAGGAAGCCUUCACGCUUAUAAGCAGGAUUGAGAACUCUUCUAUUAAAGAGCUGAUAUUCAGUCACUUGACCGAGAGCGUGAUAAAGAAGAUCAAAGUGUCGCCUCCAGACGCCGAGGCUCUUAGACUAUUCAUGAUUCUACCGCUCUACCAUGAGAUGAGGAACCCUAGGCGGCAUACGGAGCUACAGGGCCCGUUUGCAGAAGCGUUCAACAAACUAUCCAUAUAUCCUCAACGCAUCGUCAAUCUAUGGUGGGAACAAGAGAGCAUCGAUUACUUCGAGAUGCUCGUCGACAUCUUCAAGAGCGUCAUCGUUUAUGAGCUGAUGCAACCUAAUGUUAGAGCGAAUAAGAAACUUUACUUCAGUCACAGCCUAGUUCAAAUGUUAAACACGUUGUCUUCCCUCAACAAAAUCAACUUCUCCAACCCGAAGAAACCAAAGAUACCCGCCGAAUGCUUCUACAUCGAAGAUCUAUCAAACUAUGUUGAUAUUGCUACGGACUACAUUAAUUGGUUGGCGGAUCAGGAAUCAUCAUCACCUCACAUGUGCAACUACGCGUUCCUCUUCGACGUCCAAUGCAAGUCCCUCCUCCUAAAGAUCGACCAGCAACUCCAAAUGCAGAUGGCCGUGACGCGGGCUGCGACACAAAUAUUCACAAGGAUAUUCAUGGAUCCCGGCUAUGAGUUCCAGAGAGACCAGUUUCUAAAUCUAACGGUGUCGAGGAACCAUAUAGUGAGGGAUACUAUGCUGCAAAUCAGUAAUCAUGACAGCUCGCAGUUAAAGAAACCACUAAAAGUAGAAUUCGUUGGCGAGGAAGCGGAAGAUGCCGGCGGCGUCAAAAAGGAGUUCUUCCUGUUGUUGCUCAAGGAAAUAUUCGACCCCGUCUACGGCAUGUUCAAACAGUCCGAAGAAACCAACAUGAUAUGGUUCUCCAAUAACCCUUUUGAAGACGACGUUAUGUACUACUUGAUAGGUGCUAUCUACGGUCUGGCCAUCUACAACUCCAUAAUAAUCUACGUGCCGUUCCCGCUGGUGUUGUACAAGAAGAUUCUGGGCGAGUCCAUCAUGCUGGACGACCUUUCCGACCUCUAUCCCACGCUUGCCAAUAGUCUCAAGAGCCUACUGGAAUAUCCCGAUGAGGAUGUGGAAGACGUAUUCAGCCUAUGCUUCGCCGUGAACACGGUAGUGUUCGACCAAAUCCAAGUUCACCCUCUGAAAGAGAACGGCGAAAACAUAUCAGUCACUCACGAGAAUAAAGCCGAAUACGUGGAGCUGUACGUCGACUUUCUACUCAACAAGUCCGUCGAGAAUCAGUUCAAGGCGUUCAAUCAGGGCUUUCAAAAGGUGUGCGGCGGCAGGAUAAUAAAGCUGUUCAGGUCCCACGAGCUCAUGUCCGUGGUGAUCGGCAACGAGGAGUACGACUGGGACCAGUUCGAGGCCAACUGCGAGUACAAGAACGGGUACUCGCACACCGACCAGCAGGCCAGAUGGUUUUGGGAAGUUUUCCAUGAGCUGUCCUUGGAAGAUAAGAAAAAGUUCCUACUAUUCUUGACUGGUAGCGAUAGAGUUCCCAUACAAGGCAUGAGAGAUAUCAAAAUCCGAAUCCAGCCAGUAGCCGACGACAGAUACUUCCCUGUAGCCCACACUUGCUUCAACCUGCUCGAUCUGCCGCGGUACAAGACCAAAGAGCGCCUCAAAUACCACCUGCUCCAAGCCAUCCAGCAGACGCAAGGCUUCUCCCUCGUCUGAUGUUGGUUAAAAACAAGUGAAAUAUCAACCCGAAGAAUGCGCUAACGCUCGGAGCGAAUUCGUUUUACGCUCACCAUGGUACCGUCGACUACGUGGUAAGGUCAAAGACCGUCUACAGGAUCUUUCGUCGCUUUUAGCUCUUGCGUUUCUUUUUGUUAACUGUACAUCGGUGGACGUCUUAUGCCUUUUGUAACAAGGUCCACCGAUGUACAGUUAGGAGUGUUGCUGUUUGUACAAACUACACUUACAGAAGAUCGGUAGAGCAGAAGAAGUGAAGCUCUUACUUUAUGACUGCGUCUGAGCGACGUACGCAUACAAAUACGAGAGUUAUUACCCUAAGGCGGUCUUCUCUGCAAUACAUUUUAUAUGCCCGUCUUCUCUACAUUGACCUUAUCGUAAAAAAUGUUAGUCCUAUGCUUCCAGCGUCAGCGUCGAACGAAUUCGCUCAGAGCGGUUUUUUGCAGUUAAAUCAGAGUGUCGGAAGGUAACGCAGUUGCAAAUGCCGUUUUGAAUAAGUUUUAUAUCCUUUUUGUAAUUUUAUUGUUUUUAGACUAAAGGUACCAUGUUGUCGGUCGCCAGUGAACAUGAUAUGUGUUACGCUAUGCAGUGUAAUGUAAACGUUACUAAACUUGGAAGAAAUAGACGAUAAUAUAUCUUAUUGUAUCUACAUACUCCUUUUUCACUACCGACAAAGUGGUACCUUUUUUUGCAAAUCAGUCAUUUAUGUUUUCGCCAGAAUAUAUUUUUAUAGCCAAUAUUUUUUCAUUUUAUAUAAAUAAUUAUACAUACUUAAGUUAGUUCGGUUUCCUUCCGAUGUCCAUUGCAAAGGAACAAUAAAUGUUGAAAUGUACGUAACGCGAGAACAAUCAUUUUGGUUAUAUUGAGAUUAAGGUGUAAUAUUCGGGAGCGUUCCAUACAAAUUCAGCAGGAAACUUCAGUUUCCACACACAAUAACAUAAUAUUGUUUGUUUGUAUGUUUUGUUUGAUAAAAUAAAUAAUAAUUGUUAUUUGUUGACUGAAUGGAAUGUUAUUGGUUCGUUAUACCUAAAGGGCUAGUACACCUGGGCAAAUUAAUGUCGCCGAGACAUGACAAUUCUGAUAUCUUACCGUAAUAAGUAGAAUAUGAGAAGUUAGCGUAAAAAAUUGUCACAACAUACACCGAUUUUGCCAUUCUUAUGAUUCCACUAUGUUGGUUGCUAAUAAAGACAAAAAACAAGUCGAAAACGGUCGUGGGCUUAAGGAUACUUCAAGAGUAAUACUUUUUGAUAUCGGUUUCGAGAUUUGCUUCUUUAAAAUACUUACACAUUAGAGAAAAAUGCUGAUAGUUCUGCAGAUAUGGUCCUAUAACAUCUAUAUAGCGUCCCACCAUCCAUACUAAAUUAUAUUGUUCUUUUAAAACAUAAUAAUUUCAAUUCUAAUUUUCAAUACGAUUGAUUAAAAUUUCGAGUGCUAUAUUUUUGUAUGGUACGCCGAUAGAGGAGAAUGAUAACCGACAAAGUGGUACCAUUUUAGUAUGGAAUGAUAUAUAUUAUAGAUAAGUAUAUUAGUGCUGGCCCUUUUUAACGCAAUCACUGCCAGGGGGCGUGGCCUAGGAACAAACUUGUAUGACGGUGGACGUACGCACAUGUGCGUCGGGGGCAGUGAAUGUGUUAAAUUAAAAUUUGAAGAGUCCAUGGAAAUUGAAAUAAACAUUUUUUAUAUGAGCUACUUAUCCCAAAUUGCCCUUUUUAGGGUUUUGUAGUCAUGUCCAAGGCUUUGCUCCGUGAUCGUUAGUGCUAGAAAGCUGCAAUUUGGCAUGGAUACCUACUAAAUCAUGCAAUGCGACAGAACGAUAAAAUAAAAACUAUAAAAAAUUUUUAGGGUACCUCCCAUACUAAAUAAAUAAAUACUUUCAAUGAAAUCUAUAGCGAACAUGAUCGGUCCAAUCGUUUUUGAGUUAUUGCAAAAAAUCUUCUCUUAGUAAAAAGACGUACAAAGCGCUGCAAAGGUAGGUACUCCCCCAUGCUUGUAAUGUACAUGAUACUUACUAAUAGCCCCCGUUUGGCCUAUUUUGACAGAAUGGUAACUACGAAACCCUACACCGAGCAUGGCCCGACAUGCUCUUGGUCGAUUUUUUUGUCCGUUAACUGUAAAACAUAUUUACCAUGGACCCUUCAAUCGUAUACAUACAUAAUAAAACACUGCUGAUAUGUAGAAUUGUGUAGCUUGUAUUAUUGAAUUGGUGGAUCAACUAGUUCUUGUCAUUUUUCUCUCAGUCGGGAUCUAAAAAUUUACGUUGAAAAUACGUUACACAUUCUACUCACACGCUUGAUGACCUAUGUAAGCUCAUGGUUAACACAAAAAAUAAUGUUGUGUGAAUUAAAAUCCUCUAAAAUCAUGUUUCUUUUUAAUUGAUCUAGGAGAUCUCACCGUGGUAACGAGAAGCAAGUAUAAGUUGAUCCAGCCAAAUAGACUUAGCCUUAACAAAUGCGCAGGUAGUGGGCACUCGAUACCGCUGUGAUAUUAUGGGUAUACCACAUUGGUGGCAGUUUUGUUUGCUGGCGCUUCGGGUAAUCAAUUUCAAAUUAUUUCUUAUCAUAGUAUUUUGUUCAGCUGUUAAGCUCGUACUCACACUUAGCGCUAAAAUCGCAAGACAAAAUGCAAGGUGCGGAAAAUUAAUAUGUAAAUCGACACCACAUUUGCGCGUAGACGUAGAGUCAAAAAUAUUUGAGGGCAAGCCGGAGCUAAAUAUGCUCUCAUUUAACGCAGUAAAGGGAAAUCUUAACUAUCUAAAAAAAAUACAUGCCGGUGGGAGUUGAGUUCCUUGGAUGCUUCACCACUGUACUUGAAACUUUACUUUGUAUUAUUAGUAAAUUUUGUAUUAUUUAAACUCAACUACCUGACCCUAUUACUCCUUUUACUGCUUUUUUCUUUCGUUUACAAAAAAUAAUAUGAGUUUUGUAGAAAUAUUUGAUGGAAUCGAAGCGCCAUUGUUAUUGUUGCUCACAUUAAAGUAGUGUAUUUUUGUACACAGUUAAUGUUGUACAUAAUUCAGAUUGUUCAGCUAUUUUCGCGAUUGUUUUAAAGCAUUUAUUAGCACCUCAGCUUAGCUGAAGCGGCGUGGUUUGUACACUGUGUCAUCAUCAUCAUCAUCAUCUCAGCCUAUAUACGUCCCACUGCUGGGCACAGGCCUCCUGUACACUGUGUAAUAUAAUUAUAAUAUAAUAUUUUCAUACAAA